GUCGUCAACUCCAUUGACGGAACCGAUGGCGGCAAACUAUUCACUGGUAUUGUUGUGUGGUGUAUAUACUUCCGUAGUUCUUGUUUUUUCGUAAGAAAGAAUGCAAAUCGUCAUACAAUCAACAGGCAACAUCACUGAAUAUUCUAUGAUAGAAUUCCAAGGUGAUCUUGAAACCAAAUCAGAAGAGGCCUUGGGAGGUAAGAUCAUUGGUGAUUUACACUUUAAUCAUGAGGGCAAUCCAAUCAUGAUUAUUGGGCAUCAUAUCCUCCAUGGAAAAGUUCAAGAUCUUGAUAAACCCCUGGUAGUUAUUACAAAAGAAAAUGAUGGCAUUUCCGAAAUCAAUGUCAAAUACGGUGUCACAGCCGUCAUCAAAAGAAAGUUUAUAUUUAAGACUAGACCCAAACCGAUUGUUGGCGAAAUGAUCAAGAAAUUGUGAUAAUUUUGUAUGUAUUCACUACCUUCAUACACCACUUUUAUGGGUAA